AUGAAAGGAAUAGACAUGUUCUGUUCUUCCCCCGCUUCAACAGCAAUCAUACAUACUACCAUAGAUCAACCUUCUAUGCUACGUCGAACCAGAAGCACCAAAACCUACGAUCAUGUUCCUUGUUUAUCUCAACUACCUAUAAAUCCUAUACCUUUCUUUGAAAAACAUAGAAAGAGUUCCUCUUCAGCAGAUAAACAAAACAGCACUGAUCUCACACGUAGAAAAAGCUCCGCCGAUUCGUCUUCAACAAGAUAUCUUCUCGGUGACGCGCCGUUCAUCGAUUGGGUAUCUGAAUCCAACAAGAUACUAGUUCCUCAGCAUAAUGUUAAAGCCAUGUCCAAUGAUAUUAAAACAUCGAAAAGAAACGAUUCUCAUGCUCUUACUCUUAGUUCCACUUCUUCAGCUAUCUCCUCGAAGGACCAGGUUGUGGUUCUGAGGGUGUCAUUGCACUGCAAAGCUUGCGAAGGAAAAGUCAGAAAACAUAUCUCAAAAAUGCAAGGAGUGAGAUCAUUCAGCAUAGAAAUGGAGAAAAAGAAAGUAACAAUAAUUGGAGACGUGACGCCAUUAGGUGUACUGACAAGUGUAUCGAAGGUGAAAAGUGCACAGCUAUGGCAAUCUACAACAGCAGUAUCAUCAUCUUUUUCUUCUUCUUCUAGGAGAGACUAA